AUGCGUGUCAUCGUCAUCGGAUGCUGCAGCGAGGAGCUAGACAAGUUGCUAGAUUUGCCCAGAUUGGCUAUUUCUGCUCAAACUGUUUCAGGGCGGUAUCGCGUCGGGCGGUGGGCUCUGNAGGAUAUCGAACAAACCGUGGUACAGCGAGCGUACAGCGCGUUCGCGGUACGGGUUCUCGACGAGAAGGGAAAGCGGCGGGUGGUGCCCGCGCUCGAGUCGAGCGAGGGCGUCCUGUGCGUGGAGAUGCGGAUCAGGCUUUAUCCAGACGGGUUGAUGAACGGCCUCCUGGCUCAGCUUAUCAGGGUACGUGGGAUCGGUCACCAGAACUUGGAUAACUCCGCGGUGCAGCUGCAGGGGGCCUUCCUGAGGCACUGGCUCACCCCUUCGCCUGCCCACCGGAACGCGGUGAUGAUCGCGGCUGGAACCGGUCCUAACCAAAGAGAGUGUGCUAAAGUGAACGGGCUGUUGGAGGUCACAGCUCUGAUAAGCGGUGACGUCACCCGUUGCAACAUCCCCGGGGACACCAAGCACGACUACACCGCAGAGCACGCCGCCUUCCCGGCCAACCUGCCCUACCUCCGGUCCGUCCGCGAGCUGUCGCGCGUUUCGGAGGAAGACCCAACCCACACCCGAUGGAGCAAGAGACCCCAUAGCCUUGGUUUGUUUACCAGCGGCGUCAGCAGGGACCUGGGGGCCGGCGCGGUGGCGAAGACCUUAGUCGCGAGAACAAUAUCGGUGACGAUGUUCCGCGGUCCGCGAGCGACGCCGCCGCCGACACGGGUAAAGCUGGGAGGAACCGUCAGCAUGGAGUCGGCGGCGGCGGCGGCGGCGGCUGGCACAGCGGAAGAAGAGCAGCAGCCACAACGACGGCAUACCCAGGGGCACCCUGAUCCUGGUCGCAGAGGGAGUGGGGGUGGGCAUUUGGUCGACACGGACUGGGGCAGCACCAGGCGCAAGAACCCCGCUCGAAAUUCCACCGGUGGCCCGAGCGGUGGCAGUGGCGACGGCCUAGGAGGAAACAGCGCGCGGAGCGACAUCCAUGUCGCCGAUAGCAUUCGGGCGGCGGGCCUGGACCGUGGACGCUGGUCUAAGAAGAAGUCUCGGGAAAGAAAGUUAAAGCUCUUCAGCUAUGCCGAGGAUGAAGGUGGAGGUGGUGGUGGCGGCGGUUGCGGUGGCGGUGACACAAGCAAGCCCACCGCCCUCCGGUUCCGCUCUUCUUUCCGGCCGAAGAUCGGUACGGAGUAUGAUGUCGCGGACGAUUUCUCGGGCACCGGGCAAGGGCGACAACCAAAGGCUUUUGGGGCACGGAGAAAGGGGAGGCGAUGGGCUUCGAGGGACACGUCAGCGAUGUGA